UAGCGAAAGUCCUAGUUUACUAGCAGUAAAACCUUACUUAACAAAUGUACCGUUCUUAGGGAAAAUGCAUUAGUGCGGCAGGUGGUUACGGCAUUAUGACCGAUGUUCUAAUACAUAUGUUACACUUCACAACAUAAGCGCCUACCACACUAAGGUGUCUUUUCUCUGAAAACGAUUCAGUAGUCUCAGUAUGUUCUCUUCUCCCGACCCAUUCGGAUGGAUUCUGUUGGAUUCGUUUACCGGCUUAUACUUCUGAUUUUAAGUUUUUCAACUUAGUUCAUUGAUGGCGAGUACGAGUAGGUUGAUAUUCGCAAGAACCGCGUAGCAACGAAAACAAAUUAAACGUAAACAGAAACCUGCGUGACCAGUCUACUAACAAGUCGCCGGCCGCGCCUCCAUUCGACGCGAUGGCGCUCCGCUCGCAACUCCUACGCUCCGUAUAUGCUGGCAAGCAAGCAACACGACAGCUCCACGAGCUGAAAGGCAAAGAGCGGGCGGGAGUGACACGGCUGAGAGAGGUCCUCGACGACCGGCUGCAAGAAAUCAAGAAGGCAAAGACGUGGAAGCAUGAGAGAAUCCUCACCUCGCCACAGGACACAAAAGUGAGGGUGCAGGGAGCGGAAGGGGAGUUCCUGAAUUUCUGCGCAAACAAUUAUCUAGGAUUAUCGAACCAUCCUGAAGUGGUAGAGGCAGCGAGAGAGGGCCUGCGCAAAUAUGGCGCUGGGCUCAGUUCCGUUAGAUUUAUUUGUGGCACACAAACUGUACAUAAGGAAUUAGAGCAUCGCCUGGCGCAGUUCCACGGGCGUGAGGAUGCCAUUCUGUACGGGUCGUGCUUCGACGCAAACGCCGGCCUCUUCGAGUCUAUGCUUACGCCAGAGGACGCUGUGUUUUCGGACGCGCUCAACCACGCUUCUAUCAUCGACGGGAUACGGCUCUGCAAAGCGCAGAAGUACCGGUACCCGCACAGAGAUCUCAAUGAGUUGGAGCACUUACUGGCGCACAGCGAAGCGCGCAUCAAGCUCAUAGUAACCGAUGGCGUGUUUUCUAUGGAUGGCAAUGUGGCUCCUUUGCCUGGACUGCGAAACCUGGCAGACAAAUAUCGGGCACUGCUGGCGGUUGACGACAGCCAUGCUACUGGGUUUUUCGGAGCGACUGGAAGGGGCACAGAAGAAUAUUGCAACAUAAUGGGUGCCGCCGACAUCAUCUGCUCAACGCUCGGCAAAGCUGUGAGCGGGGCGGCCGGCGGCUACACCACGGGGCCUAAGGAGCUCAUCACACUGCUGCGCAACGUUUCGAGGCCGUACCUGUUCUCUAACGCACCGCCACCGCCUGUGGUCGCCGCUUCAUUGAAGUCGUUAGAUCUAGUGGAGGGAAGCAGCGAGCUUCGUGAGCGACUCCAGCAAAACACUCGCAGUUUCCGCGAGGGUCUGAAGGCAGCCGGUCUGACCGUGGCCGGCGACGACCACCCCAUUUGCCCCGUCAUGGUCGGCGACGCUCCGCUGGCUGUUGAACUCGCCUCGGGCAUGCUACAGCGCGGAAUCUACGUGGUGGCAUUCAGCUAUCCAGUGGUGCCGAAGGGCGGCGCGCGCGUGCGCGUGCAGCUGAGCGCGGCGCACGCGCCGGGAGACGUCGGCCGCGCCGUGCAAGCGUUCGCUGACGUCGGCGCGAGCAUCGGCCUUGUCAAGGGCUAAGAUGAUUUUAAGUUCUGAGUGUCAAGACACUAACAUCCGGCAAAAUUCAGUGCACCGACGUCAUGCCGAUCUCGCGCUAUUGCACAGGUAUCCACACCUAUCAGUGAGGUGCGUAAUUUUAGGUUUGAAAAACUUUGGACUGAGACUCUUAUUUGAAUAUGUAUUGGAGGAGUUUACUUAAGGGCUCAACACUGGAACGAUUAAAAUCCAGUGAAAGAAUUGUUUGUCCCAGUAUUAUAUUCUAAAAUAUGGCGUCCAUCUUUACUCUAACUGACGAAUAAGUACUACUUACUUGACGCUGUGUAAAAAUUGUCCUAUUCUCGAUUGGUCACUACACAUUUCAGACAUACCUAUUUUUGUUAUGUUCAUUUAAAUAUUCGCAAUUCAUUAAAAAAAGUGACCUCUGUGAAAUGAAAA